AUGAAUGCAGCUAAAGGAUCAGCUAAAGAGUUAUUCAGACAAAUGAAAGAAGAGUUAAAUUAUAGAAAUAGUUCAAAGGAUGCGUAUGAUUUACUUACUAAUGCUACUUCUGAAGGAGAUGAGUCAAAUGGUUAUUAUAAUGAAAUGAAGUAUUUAAAAAAGGAUCAAUUAAAAGCAUAUAUUUGUAAAUUGAGAAAAGAGAUAAAGAAUUAUAAAAUAAAAGAAAUGAAUUUCAUUAUAGAGAUUAAAUAUUUAAGAAGAAAAGUUAUAAGAUUAAAAAAUGUAAUAGAAAAUGAUAAAAUAUUAAGAAAUCAGAGAAAUUUUUCCUUAAGAAAUUAUGAAGGACAAUUAAAUUCAUUACAAAAUAAUUUUUGCAAAUAUAAUAUUAAUAAUUCUGAAAAAAGUUUUAAACAAAAUUCUUUUACUAAUCAUAAUAAUCCUCUUAAAAGUAUUAAUUCUAAUAUAAAAUUUAGAAAUUUUUCUAUAAGAAGUAUUAAUGAUAGUAUACAUAAUUCGAGAAGAAGGAGUGUUAAGAAUUAUGAUUCAUGUAGCAAUACAUAUACUGAUUACAAUAAUAAUAAAAUAACACUUCGAAAAAAUUCACUGAAAAGCAAUUCAAACAAUUUCUUUUAUAAUGAUAAGGAAAAAUAUAAUAAUUCUUGUUGUAUGGGAUAUAAAAGUAAAUUGAAUUCAUACGUUGAUAUUCAAAAGAAAAGUUAUUUUCCUAAUAGAAGUUUUUCUUCUAUAUCUAAAUUUGGGUUGAAAAAACAUCUCAUUUCUAAUAAUAAAAAUUUUCGUAAUUUAUCUAAUGAAAUUAAUAACAUAAUUUCAAAAGAUAUAAAAAAUUAUUAUAAUUCGAAAGAAAGUAUUUUAUCUAAUAAGAAUAUAAAUAUAGAGAAAAAUAAAUUAUACGAGAAAUUCUCCUUUAAUAGAAAUUAUACAGAUAAAUUUAAUAAUAGUCACAAUAAUAAAAUAUCAUCAAAUAAUUUAAAUGUAAAGGAGAUAAAAAAAAACUAUAACUAUGAUAUAUAUAAUUAUAAUCAUCACCAAAGUAUUUUAAAUAAAAAAUAUUCUUCUUCAUAUGCAUAUAAAAAAAGUAAGUUAACUAAUAAUAAAAAAAAAAGUGAAGAAGACAUUAUUAAAAGAAACAUUAAAAAUGUUGGUUGUAAAAUUAUUGAAUUGCCACUUUCUUAUGAUGAUUCAAAAAAAAAUAAUUUAAAAAAUAAAAAAAUUAGUAAAAUUGAAAAAAAUGAUAUUAAUACUACUAAUGAUAUAGUAAAUAUGGAAAAUGUUAAUGAAAACAUUCAGAGAAACUAUAGCACAGUUUCUAUUGAAAAAAUCAAAACAUAUUUAGAGAAAGAAAAAAAAAAAAAUAUAUCUAGCACAUGUAAUAAAAAAGAUACAACAAAAAAAAAAAGUAUUAAGGAAAAAUUAUGUAUUACUAAGCUAAAAAAUAAGGAUAGUAAAAAACCUUCUAAAUUCUAUAAUAAUAUUAAUCAGAUUGAAACACGAAUUUCAUAUUCAGAAAAAGAAGAAAUAAGAAAAAAACAAAAUAAUUUACUAAAUCUUAAAAAAGGAAUAGACUUAGAAUUAAAAGAAAAUUUCAUAAAGAAAUUAGAACAGUUAAAAAAUAGAAAUAAUAAAUUGAUAUCGAAACCCAACAAUUUUUAUAAUUUUUCUAUUCAUAGUAGUAGUAGUAGUAGUAAUAGUGAUAGUAAUCGUAAAAAAAAAAAUGAUAAUGAAAAAAAGGAAAAAUUAAAAAAGAAUGAUAUUCAAUAUAAAACAAAUAAUAAUCCUUUAAAAGAAUCUAGUAUAUUAAAUAUAUCUUUCAAUGAUAUUGAUAAGAGAAUAAUUAAUUUGCAAAAUUAUUUAAAAAAUACCAAAAAAUGA